UUUAGAACGGUUAACAUGUGCCACUGUCGUCAAUCCGCCGUAGAAGACCCGUUCUUAUCGUUGUGCCGUCAGAAUACCUCCGCCAAACCGUGAACUGUGUGCAUUCUUUUUGCAAAAGGAUUACAAAGGAUGCAGACUUCUAAGGAUUUUGGACCAACAAGAAAACCAGUCCACGUGUUGAUAUGAGCUCUAGGAAAACGGUGCUGACGAUCAAUAGGACUAAUCAUCCCGUGUGAAAUCAAAUCGAGAAAAAGUGUGACAAUGUAGUGCUUCAUUUGAUUGAAAUCGACAGUAAUGAUAGGAACAUUAGUUUCCAUUUUUUGAUCUGACCAUCACCGAGUCACGGACCACGCGAACGUAUCGUGCAUGUUGUACAACAUGUGUAACAUUCAUUGAGUUCAGGACAACAACAUUAGCAUGUGAAAGUAGUGUUCCUGGUGUAACAUUUAAAAAAAGCUUAGAAUACUUUGACGUGAAAUUUAUCGUGAUAACGAAUAAAAUUAUAUGUGAUCUUAGAAGUCAGCAUACAUCAUAGAAACACGAAUGGAUAAUGGGUAUUUGUUUGGAUACAGACAAAAGCAACACCACACAGGAGGUGGACGACUCAGAUUGGAAAGGUGGCGGAAGAGGCGACGACACACGUGCGGCCAUCGUUCGCUCGCCGACGCUCCGUGGCGGCAGCCCGAUCAACGCCGGAAUGCACAACACCGGCAAGGUCAAAUUCGACCCGCCAAAGGUACCGGUCAUCUUUGUGCUCGGUGGCCCCGGUAGUGGUAAAGUGACCCACUGCGACACGCUGAUGCAGGAACGCCGCGGGGUCACCCACAUCAACAUGAUGGAUCUGCUCCAACAGUACGCCAUCGGAAACGCAGAUAUGCAGGAUUUCUCCCAGCUAUCAUCCAGGACUGUAACCGAAGUGUUAAUGCUCGAAAUGAAAAUGUCCCCUGCUGCCAAAACCUACCUGGUCUCCGGGUAUCCACGUUCUAUGCGGGACGUGGUGGAAUACUCCGAAAAGAUCCAAGUGAUCAACGGUGUAAUACUGAUAUCCUGGCGCCAAACAAUCCUCCAGCGCCAGAUAGACUACGGUGCUAAGCUUGGCCACGUGGUGCUCUCGCUUGCCAAGAUGGAGCUUGAAAACUUCUUCAAAAAUGUUAUGCCCGUUGCGGAUUAUUUCGAUCAAAGUGAUAUGCUAAUUGCAAUCAACGGUGAACGUGCCCCUUCCGAGGUGUACAAAGACUUCCGGGUGGCUGUGCUCGACAUUCUCGGGGCCCAGGAAAAUCAGGAAGCGCUGUUGAACGGAGUCGCAGGUAUGGGUAGGGGCGUAGACGACAUUCCCGGCAGUAUAGUUAGCGUAGAAACGGCACCUAGUCAAAAUAAAGUUAUUGCAGCUCCGGUCUCGGCGGCUCAUCAAGUAGAAAUCAAUAGCCGUAACCGUUCGCCUUCGCCCCCGCUAGUAGCAGCAGUAGUCGUGCCGAAUGCUGCCCAAUUAAUACGGCAGCAAACACGUGCAAACAGUUUGGAAGUGCCUGCGGUAGCAGCGCGGCAGGAUAGCCCCGUUGGACCCACAUCCCUGAAGCCGGGUCAGAUUCCGCCGAUUAUAUGGGUUAUCGGCGGGCCAGGUAGCAAUAAGGCAACGCUUUGUUUGAAGACAGUUGGAGUCAAUCCGGGGUGGGGCCACUUCAGCGUGGGACGGCUACUAAGAGCGAUAGCCGAAUCGGAUCCACGGGUUGGAACCGACAAUUAUGCCGUCAAAGAAGCAAUUACAGCCGGUGAGAUGGUUCCUAAGAAGUCAUUACAACAAUUGAUAGAAAAUCAACUGGCCCAGUUGAGCGACAAACGAGGGGUCAUCAUUGAUGGAUAUCCCAGAGAUAUGCGACAAGUGCGGGAAUUCGAGCAGAAAUAUCGUCAAACACCGCCCAUAAUUCUGCUGGACUGUUCAAAACUCCAACUGGGCCGAGGCCGGCUGGACGAUACCGUAUCUUCCUUCCGGCGGCGGCUAGAGCUGUUCCGGGAACUAACUCUGCCUAUGCUGAAGGAAAUGGACACCGCUGGACGGUUGACCAUCGUCGAUGGCGACACUGACAGCCCUAUGGUACAGCGGGAGUUCGAACGAAUCGUUCGUGAUAACAUCCAGAAGGUUCUGAGCCAGCCCAACAGGGGUAUUACCCCUAUAAAAAUAGGAACUUUUAAAAAUGCUAUUCAGCAGGGUCGCAAGUCGGCACAGAAGAAUGCCGACGCCAUCGUUCACGAUUUGGACGCUGAUGUACCGGGCGUCGUGCCAACCAUCAGCCACCACGUGAGCUUGGCCAAUGGACAUCUGGGUGGGGCGACUGCGGCCGGUGGAGGUGCAAAGAAUGGGUUCAUCCCAAACGGUCGACCCAAUUUCCGGAAUAUGCUGCAGGAAGCGGAUAAUUUUGAUUCUCAUAUGUAGAACAGCAACACCUUCUUAUGUAGGAUGCGGCAGUUAUAGCUCAUAAGUACAAACCUUCAACGAAUCUGAUAACCAAAAGAUACUAAAUCAUAGCUUUAAAAUGAUUCCAGAAGGAUUACCGAUGAAUAAGAAACUAUUUUUUAAUUGGCUUAGUGCCAAAUGUUGUUAUUGACAUGUUUGUUUACCAGACAAACAUGAAAAAAUAUAAAAUUUAGUAUAAAAUCAAAAAUAAUCAAUUGAAUAAAAAAUGUCAGAAGUAAUGAAUUCAAAUAAGUAUAAACCGUCAGGUUAUGUUAAAAUGAACAAUAGAUUUUGAACAAAAAGCUUUAAUGCUAAUACUUUUAGAUCACUUUAUCAUCAUGAAAAAAUCAUAAUAAAUUAAUUCAGUAGGAUUGUU